GCUUUGCCAGAUUUCAGACCUGAUUAUGAGAUGGUGACGAGUCACUACAUUAAUAUAACCCAGAUCUCUCCUUUUUAUCCAGUUGUUUAUCACCAUAAAAAAGAACCAAGCUUUUUAUUCGUUGCAAUUCUUCCUGGAAUAGAGAUUCACAUAAAUCAUAGUGUUCCUUAUUCCUUCGAAAUGAGUUCUGUUCUUUGUCAGUAUUGGGAUAGAGGUCAAUGGAGUUCACGUGGGUGUGAUGUAGGUCCCCGUACCAAGGAAAAGGAUGUUCACUGUCAGUGCAAACAUUUAUCGAUGUUUGCGGCUGCCUUUCUUGUACCACCCCAGGAAAUAGAUCCUUUUGCAGAUGCCAAGUUGUUCCUUACAGUUCAUGACAAUCCGCUAGUUGUCGCUAUUGUUGCGAGUAUUCUGUUACUAUACCUCCUCCUAAUAUUUUUUCUAUGGCGGCUGGAUAGAAAAGAUAAGAAACAGCGAACUGUAGUUGUGCUUGAAGACAAUUUUCCUGGCAGUCAUUAUCCAUACCUGAUCGCAGUGUACACUAGUUCGCGAGUUAACUCAGGAACCACAGCUCAUGUAGGAUUUAGACUACAUGGAUCUUUAGCAAAGAGUCGGGUACACAUCUUUUCAGCCAAAAAUAGAAAAAUUUUAAAAAGAAGCUCUGAUGAUUGGUUUUUGAUAUUUUGUGAUCAAUAUUUGGGCACAAUGGAGAGUAUUCACAUAUGGCACGACAACUAUGGGUCUAGUCCUGAGUGGUUUUGUGACAAAAUACACGUUUUUGAUCUAAAAGGGAACAUAGAGGCAAUAUUUGUCCUCAAACAGUGGUUGUCUCUCACCUUAAGAGAUUAUCCUGAAGCGAACGUCAGAGUUGCUACUGAGGAGGACGUUAUGGGUGUAAAAUUAUUAUUUGUCGAUAAUAUCUUCCUUGGUAUGAGAGAAAGUCACCUUUUGUUAAGUGUAUUUUUGAGACAUCCUAGAAGUGAAGUUAACCGGGUACAAAGGAUUAGUGUCCUCUUAGCGUUUUUAAUGGUGGCAAUGUUAUGCAGUAUCAUGUUCUACAUUCCAGAAAAUGAGAAUAUGCAAUUAGAUGAUUUCCAGUACCGAUUCGGACCAAGAGAAUUUUUUGUCAGUAUUCAAACUCUUAUUAUAAGCGGUAUAAUCGCCUUUAUCAUCAUGUUUACUUUUAGGAGAAGCUACACUAUCAUGUACGACAUUAGAUACAAGCCCUCCCUGUACGUUAGGAGGGAUACUGAUUAUCAUUAUAACGUUAAAGUAAAAAGACCAAAACUCCUAUCAGUUGAGGCACAUAAAGAGGAAGUUACAACUCAAGAACAACACAAUAAAUCCGUGUACCAGAACUGUCUUCGAUUGCUUGUAAAAGUUUUGAGAACACCACCUUUGCCACCAGUUCAGUUACCCCCAUUCUACAUAGUGAUUAAGAAGAGGAAAAUAUGGUUUGCAUUGGCAUGGAUAUUUUGUCUUGCUGCAAUUUUUUUAUCUGCUUAUUUUGUGAUGCUUUAUGGAUUGAAACUUGGUCCAGUACAAAGUAAAGAAUGGCUCUCGACUGUAUUAGCCUCUUCAGGGGCAGACACGUUUGUUUCAAGCCCAAUCAAGAUAAUAUUCUUCGCUCUUAUCUUGACUAUGGUUUUCCAGAGCAUGUAUGAAGUAAAUACCCAUGCAGUAAGCUACAAGGAAGCUAUGCGUGUGGUCCUCGAAAAUAACGAAGAGAGUCUAGCUAAAGUAUUAGCAAUAAGACAUCAUCCAAUGUACUCUCCACUUACUCAUGCAAAGAGAUAUGAAAUGAUCCAAAAGAAACAGUUGAAGAAGAAUUGGUUUGAUUUAAUAGACUUUGUUAUAUCCGCGUUCUUCGUCAUUGUUGUUUGUACCGUCAUCUCUAUUUUGUGGAGUUCCCGUUAUCGCACAAACAAUCAACUGCAUACGGUAAUGACAAGCUCUCAUCACAUUAACUUGGGAGCUGUUAACUUCUAUUCUAUUUCCGACAUUAACCAAAUGGAAAAGUAUUUGGAGCACACAUUCAUGUAUGCAGCGUACAACACAAGAUGGUAUAAUGACGUCACGUUUGUGAAGAAGAAUGAAGAGAUGAAUGCGACACAGGAUUUGAAGACCGGGGCGUACUGGCUAUCAGACUUUACUGGGAUAGUGUUAGGACUGCCCUUGUUGAGGCAGCUCCGCGUACACACAAUACCAUGUGGGAACCAAGUCAACCAAAAUGCAAGCUGCAUACCUGGACUCAGUCAAUCGCAUGAGGAUACCGGCGUUUAUGGAGUGGGUUGGGAGUCAGCCCUCUAUUCUGACGUAAUGAAAAACAACUCUCCUUGGAAAUAUACCGAAAAAGAUUCAACAUUAUCAUUUACACUGUUCAGAUUAUAUGGUAAAUCUGGCAGGUUACACGAGCGUGGAGGGUUAUGCUGUUACAUUGGGGCCUACGAGACAUGAAGCAGACAUUACACUGGUAGAACUGAGAAGAAACAAUUGGCAGGACAAGUUAACACGAGUCGUAAUUUUAGAGAUUACUGUCUACAACAUUAAUCUGGACCUCUUGAGUCAAGUCACUCUCAUUGUGGAGUACAUGAUUACUGGCAAUAUUCUCCUAAAGGGACAGGUCAUCUCUGUGAAGCACAUCGUAGUGUUCAAUGUCUGGAAAAUCAUAUAUAUUUGUUACAUUGUAUUUUAUCUUUACCGUUGUCUUUCGCAUAUCAAUCGAGAAGGCCUAUUUGAUUAUCUCUUGAGUGUAACAGAUGUGCUUCGUUUACUUAUAGUAUUACUCGGUUUCAUAAGCUUUGCUGUCUACUUUAUUUUUUAUUAUACACUUAACAGUUAUGUUUCGUCAUUCGAAAAACAAGGCAUGAAUAUUUAUUUUGACUUUGAUACAUUUAUGUUAUAUUUCGUACAGUUACAGAUAUGGCUGUCAGUCCUAUUGUGUAUAGCUAUUAUACGUUUACUUAUGUUACUGCGUUUUGGUAGAGCAAUAAUAACUUAUUAUUACACAAUAAUACUUUCAUUCAAAUUGAUACGUUGGCUAAUACCUGUGCUAAUAUCAUACUUGAUAACUCUUUAUCUUUUAGCUUUCUAUUUAAAUCUAUAUUCAAUGUUAGAUAUAUACACUUUGAUACAAAAAUAUCACAGAAUAGUCUUUAAACCUACAGAGAUUGCACAACUUCAUGCAACACUGUUUAUAUUUCUUAAGAUUGUUUCUUUAGGUGUAUUUAUGUCAAUUUUCAUUAUAAUAUUUAUGUAUUAUAUUAAAAUUGCUCGUUGGCAUAAACUGAAACAUUCAGAUGAUUUUAAUUUCAUACAUUUUCUUUUAUUUCAAUCAAACAAAAUAUUAAAAAGGAAAAAUAAUUAAAUGUGAUUCCAAUAACUUUUUAACCUUGUACACAUUAACUUAAGUAAAAUAAAAAUAAAGUUAAUAAAUAAAACUGAAUUAUAUAUUUAUGUAUUGUAUAUAUUACUUAACAAUUACUUAAUAUUUAGGUACUUAAUACAAUUAAUCAAUUUUAUGUAUAAUUUUGAAUUCAUUUAAUUAUGUUAAAAUAUUUUAACUGUUAUAAGGUAGUUCAGUGCCUAAUGUUGUGUUUUACUUUUAUAAUAUAUCUAUCGUUCUAGUUGUUACUACCAUGUCAAAAA